AUGGCGAAAAAGCGCAGGAAUCCAACGUCCGUGCAACCCAAAGCUCCCAGAGGGAUCGAUCCUAAUGACGCAAAGAUUGGUCCGAUUGGAACAUGGGAAGACGUCGCGGACGAGGAAGACGCUUUUCACAUAUCGAGGGAUAAGGUGCUCCUGGAGGAUGAUGUUUUUGAUGAGGACGGACCUAGCGAUGAGGAAAAAGGCGAAGAGGACGAGGAGCUACUAGAAGGCUGGGGAAGCUCCAGGAAAGACUACUACAACGACCCUAGCGCCCCCGAAGAAGCUGAAGAAUCUGAGGCGUUAAGGUUGCAAUCUAGGCACCUGUCAUCACUCUCCGCUAAUGACUUUUUGUUCAAUGCUGCUGAAUGGACUAUCGCCGAUCCCCCUUCCCCCAUCGCUUCCACGACGGUAGCAAAAGUAAUUGAACAGCUCCCCUCCGUUCCUUUAUCCUCCUUGUCUGAGGAGGAGAGGACAAAGCGCCUCCACCUCCUCCACCCCGAAUUUCCACUCCUUGCGAAGGAGUUUUCGGAGUUAGAGCCGCUGCAUGCGUCACUGGGACUCUCGGCCGCAGCAGCGGAGGCGGUUGGUGAGACGGUUAGGAGCUCUGUGGCUAUCGUCAAGUUUAGGGCACUGAGUGCGUAUUUGGGGGUUUUGAGUAUGUACUUCGCUGUGCUUACUGCUGGGGAUGAAGUUGCGCAGGGGGAGGGGGGAAUGCAGGAUCAUGGGGUUAUGGAGGGGCUUGUGAAGUGUAGGGGAAUGUGGGAGGCUGUUAAAAGUCUGGAGGUCGAGGAGAUCAGUAGUCGGGAGGGACAGGGGAAGAAGAAAAAGAAGAAAAGGAUGGGGGAGGAUGGGAAGGAGAAGGAUGGCAAGCUGGUGAACACAAUGGGAGGGAAGGGAGAGCCGGAGAGGAAGAAGGUUAAGAUUUGUACUACCGCAGCGUCGAAGGCGCCCUCAAAGAAGUCAAUACCAGGACCCACAAAACCCGAGUCAGACUUCGACUCGGAUAUUGAAAUCGACUUUUCCAAACCAACACCCACCGCCCGCCCACCUCCUACAACCUCCACCUUCGCUUCAACAUCGCAUUUCGGCGACCCCACCUACCUUUCACACCCCGAUGCCCUCUCAAAAUCUGCUAAAAAGCGUACCCUCCGCUUCUACACUUCGCAAAUUGUGUCGAAAUCCGCCACGCGCGCGUCCGCCGCCCAGUCACACUCGGGUGACAUGGACCUCCCGCACAAGGAGCGUUCGAAGGAGCGCGCGAUCCGCUUACAAGCCGAGGCUGCGCGGAAGCGUAGCGCGGCGGACCCGACCGCUGACCUGGGUUACUCCAGCGGCGGCGAAGGCGCUGGCCCUGUCCCUAGGCGGGGGAAGAAUGAGAGGGAGGAGGAAGAGGAGGAAGAGGAGGACGAGUACAUGCGCCUCCUCAAAACUUCCGGCAAGGAAAAGAAGGCUGCGAAGAAAGCCGCGCACGAUCAAUCCCGAGACGCACUCCGUUCCGGCGCUCGAGUAGACACGGAAUGUGGGGAAGCGGGGGGAAAGAGAGCGAUUGGAUACACGAUUUCGAAGAACAAGGGGCUUACACCCUUCCGCAAGAAGGAGGUUCGCAACCCUAGGGUAAAGAAGAGGAUGAAGUACGAUGCGGCCAAGAAGAAGUUGGGUAGUGUGCGCGCCGUGUAUAAAGGCGGGUUGAAGGGGGCGUAUGCUGGGGAGGCUACGGGAAUCAAAGGGGGGCUGGUUAGAAGUAUUAAGCUCAGUUAGGGGGAAUAGGGUGGGGGUAUAUGUAUGUAUGUAUGAUAGAUAUCUGGGGGAGGUAAAAGGU